AUGACGACGAUUAUUUUUUGUUAUUACCAAUUAUGUGCUCAGAACAGUCCUCCCCGUUUAUCAUUGUCAAACGAUGAUGUUGCUCAACUACAUGUUUUACCUAUGAAACAAAAUUCACAAGAAGUUCCUUGCAAGAACACAACAACAAUGUUGCUUAACAAUGAUGAUGAUGAUGAUGACUCAAAUUCUGAAUUUGAGUUCAUUACAACAAGCAACAACAUCUUUGAGUUUGAAUCAUCUUCUGCUGAUGAACUCUUCUCAAAUGGUGUGAUCCUUCCAAUUCAGAUUCAAGAGAGAAAAACCGCCACAAACAAUGCUGCUAGAAAACACAUGAUCAACCUUCAACAUCAUACAAAGCUUCUUCCUCCAAGACCAUCUUCUUCUUUUCAUACAAGUAAUGAUCAAAUGAAGAAAGAAACCAUUAUUAAAGAACUCUUAGAGUUGAGUUGUUGUGAAGAAAAUGAAGAGAAGAAGAACGGAUUCAGUAGAAGCAAGAGUCUAAACUGUGAAACAAAGAAAAGCUUGAUUUGUUCUUUGCCUCUUUUGUCAAGAAGCAAUUCAACCGGUUCUGUGAAGAAUAAUCAAAAGAGAAUGAGCUCACUCAACAACAAAUCCUCAUCAUCAUCAGAUUCUUGGUCAUGUUCUAGCUUAAACUACCUCUUUCCUGUGCAAAAAUCUGCAGCUUCAGGUAAGAUUUAUGGCCAUGGUGGUAGUAUUAGGAUUAGCCCUGUUUUGAAUGUACCAACUCCUUAUGUUUCCAAAGGGAGUUCAAAUCUAUUUGGAUUUGAUUACUGA